UGAUCGCUUGCGAAGGGGAAGAGACUCAUCAACAGUGACCUUAUCGACUCUCCUUUCUCCGGUAGUACACCGCGGACUCGGCUGGAUUUGGGCAACCGGACUCGAAUCUGUUUUGGGUCGAGCCAAAUCUGUCCCGAUGAGACCCCGAAUCCCCGAAUUCGAACCGGGCGCUUUCGUUGGACCGCCACUAUUAAGCUUUCUCCCACCACUGAACCCUUAAACCGUAACCUAGCAUGAGAAGACGAUGGGCGGUUGCCGUCACGGCCAGCAAGCCCACCCCUGGUCUACUAUCAACCUCCUCCUCCUCCAUACGACCCUUCUCUUCUCGGUAUUCCUCCUCCUCCGCCGUCGCCGCCGAAGACUUACUAGCCGAGACCCUGCCACCAGAGAAACCCAGCACCGGCUCGUUUCUCGUCGCCCGCCUAUCCUAUCUUCUCUCCCGGCCGCACUGGUGCAAGAAUCGCUCUUUGAAAAAAUUGGCUCGCUCCGUGACCCCGCCCGUGGUCGCCGAGCUGCUCCAGGGCGGUUCCCUCGAUGCCGAGUCGGCGCUCGCGUUCUUCCAAUGGAUCGGCCAGCGUCCAGGAUACCGGCACAGUGUAGAGUCCUAUGCCUCCCUGGUCCACGUACUCCUUCGAUCGAAAUCUCGCUUCCAGGUUGACGAAGUUGUCACCUUUAUGAUUAAAUCGUGUUAUUCCGUCGAGGAAGUGCGCACAGCAUUGGAGACAUUUAAGUUGAUCAACAGAGCAGGUGGCGGUGUCAGAUUCAGGCCCUCUAUUUGGUGUUACAACACGCUGUUGAUGUCCCUCGGCAGGUAUGGAAUGAUCGAGGAGAUGAACGAUAUGUACCGGCAGAUUAAUAAUGAUCAAGUUUUGCCUGACCUUGUUACCUACAAUACGAUGAUCAAGGCCUAUUGCAUGGAAGGGAAUCUGGCUGAAACAAAACAGUAUCUUAGGUGCUUACUGGAAUCUGGUUUGGCUCCAGAUAGAUUUACGUACAAUUUUUUGAUCUUAGGGCACUGUCGGAGCAAGAAAUUAGACAGGGCUUGUUGGAUUUUCUUGAUGAUGCCACAGAUGGGUCGCCGGAGAAACGAAUUUUCAUACACCAUCCUCAUCCAAGGGCUCUGUAAGCACUCUAGGGUAAAUGAGGCUUUGAGCUUGUUCUUAAAGAUGGGAAGUGAUGCAUGUCACCCUAAUGUCCACACGUACACGGUGAUGAUAGAUGGUCUUUGCACGGUGGGAAAGCUUGAUGAUGCUGAGAAAUUGUUGAAUGAGAUUUUUGAUAGAGGUUUGGUUCCUAGCAAUGUGACUUACAAUGCUCUGCUGGAUGGUUACUGUAAGAGAGGGAAAUUUGAAGCUGCUUAUGGGGUUAUGAAGCUAAUGGAAUCAAAUGGUUGCAAGCUAGAUGAAUGGACUUAUUCAAUAGUCAUUCAGAGUCUUUGUAAGGAGAAUAGGCUUGAGGAUGCUGAGGCAUUGCUGAAUGAGGCCAUUGCAAGGGGUUGUGGUCCUAAUGUCUUUACAUUUAGCGCUCUCUUACAUGUAUAUUGCAAGCAUGGGAAGAUUGCUGAUGGUUUGAGAGUUAUGGAACUCAUGGAAUCAAAUGGAUGUAAACCAGAUGCAUGGACUUAUACAAUGAUGAUUGAUGGCCUGUGUAAGGAGAAUAGACUAGAUGAUGCUGUAAAAAUGCUAAGGGAGAUGUUUGAUAGACGUUUGAUUCCAAGUGUUGUCACCUAUACUGCUUUGGUUGGUGGAUUUUGUGAGAGAAGGAAGAUGAACGAUGCACUACAGGUUGUGGAGAUGAUGGAGUCAUAUGGGUGUCAACCAAAUGCUUGGACUUAUACUGAGCUGAUUUAUGGAUUUUGUCUAGAGAGAAACGUGCACAAGGCGAUGAGUUUGUUAUCCAAGAUGCUUGAAGGUGGAUCAACUCCAAACAUAAUCACAUACACCAACUUGAUUAAUGGGCAGUGCCAGGAGGGUUAUAUGGAUGAUGCUCUCAGAUUACUCAACUCAAUGGAGGCAAAAGGUUUGGUCGCUGAUCAGCAGACAUAUACUAUUUUAAUAGAUGCCCUCUGCAAGGACGGCAGAAUUGGUGAAGCUUAUGCUUUAUUUUCCUCUCUUGCCAGAAAAGAUGUAAUUCCAAACAAGGUCAUGUAUACUGCACUAAUAGAUGGCCUAUGCAAAUCAGGAAAGAUUGAUUUUGCUUAUUCCCUGCUUAAGAGAAUGAGUUUAGAUGAUUGCUUGCCAGACACCUUCACGUACAGUGUGUUAAUAGAUGGCUUUUGCAAAGAAAGAAAAUUGCAAGAAGCCUUGUCACUGCUGGGGACUAUGUCCAAAAAAGGUGUAGAGCCUACAGCUGUAACUUUUACGAUUCUUAUUGAUGAGAUGCUCUAUAAAGGGGACUAUGAUCAUGCUAAAAAGAUGUUGAACCAAAUAUUUUCUUCAGGUUGUAAGCCAACUGCACACACUUACACUGCAUUCGUCCAUGCCUAUUGCUGUGAGGGAAGGGUAGAAGAGGCGGAAAGUACAGUAACAGAGAUGAAGAAUAAAGGAAUUCUUCCUGAUUUGGUAACAUAUAACACAUUGAUUAAUGGAUUUGGAACUAUGGGGUACAUGGAUCGUGCAUUUUCUGCUCUCAAGAACAUGAUCGAUUCUGCAUGCCAUCCAAACUACUGGACUUACUCAGUUUUGCUCGAGCAUUUCUUGAAAGGCAAGCAGGAAAACAUUGUCCUUAGUAGUUCAGAAUUGUGGGAGAAAAUAGAUGUAGCAAUAGUUCUGGAGUUUUUAGGGGAGAUGGAACAGUUUGAUUGUGCUCCUAAUCUUGUUACAUAUGGUGCCCUCAUAGCAGGCUUCUGCAAGGUGGCACGGUUGGAAGAAGCAUAUCUGAUGUUGUCUCAUAUGAAAAAAGGAGGUUUAUUACCCAACGGAGACAUCUACAACUCUCUCAUUAUUUGUUGCUGCAAGUUAAACCGGUAUAUGGAGGCAUCAACUUUUAUGAACUCCAUGUCAGAAUGUGGCUAUCUUCCUCAGUUGGAAUCCUACCAGGUUCUUCUUUCAGGGCUCUGUGAUGAAAGAAACUCUGAGCAAGCUAAAUUAUUUUUCUGUGACUUAAUGGGUAAAGGUUAUAAUCCUGAUGAGGUUGUAUGGAAAGUUCUCAUUGAUGGUGUACUUAAAAAAGGUUAUGUGAAUGAAUGUUCUGAGAUGUUUACAAUCAUGAAGGAAUUGAACUGCUAUCCUACUCCUCAGACACUUGCUCUGAUGGCCAAGUACACUUCUGAACUAAGUCAGGGGGAAACAAGCAUACUGGAGAAAUGAUCCUUCUUAAUUGGCAUCUUACAUGGUAAUUCCUGUGGCAACUUUUAAAUGUUCCCUUCCCUUGUAUGGAUACUUAUUGGUGGAAUUACACCGGAAGACUUAUGAAGCAUCCUUGUAAUGGUGUCAGAUGUCCUUCAAAGAACUGUCUUGAGACUGAUAGUAUCCUGUGAUAGUAAACCAUCCUUGACAUCUGAAUAGGUACAAGGGCACAGGUAUCUACUCAGACUAAACUGCACAAGUUCCUGCCUACUUGUAUGAGGCUGUUGCAAUGUACGGCAGCAAUUUACAAAGGGGAGUCCAGGAAAUGGAAUCCACACUGGAGCAGUGUUCAUAUUUUCCAUCAUAGGUUGGAAAUUGGCCUUCCAAGGCAUGAUGAGAUAUGCAUAUGAUGGUCACGAGUAGCCAAGAUAGAUGCAUUGGUAGUUGGAAGAAACACAAGCAAAACAAACUCGAAAUGUGGUAAUGUCUUGACUCAGGUUAGCUGCUCUUCACUCUAAAAAAUAAACUGAUACAUUUGUUAUUCCUGAAAUGAUGACAUCAUUCCUUCAUAUGGUUGUUUUCAUUUCUUUUGGUUUAUGUUCAACUCAAUUUACAGAUGUUCCUUGUGUUCUAGUUGUUAUUUCAGAUGAGUGGAUUAUUUUUGCCCUAGUAUAUUUUGGCUGGUCCAAGAGAGCGAAGGGAUAGUAAUAAAAUGUUCUUUUCAAGUCUGUCAUAGGAGCUGAUAACCUUGUCUUCUUUUUUCUUUUCUCAAUAUUGGUGUCCAAGAUUCUUCGGAGCAAUUCAUUAAAUUCUGACAAGUUGAUUCUUCAAAAGCUUGUGAAUAGCUUCGACUCCUGAAUAUUUUGUUGUAGCAUUGACAGUCUUACACUGGUUAUUAUUCCGAUUAUUGUUACUAACAUGGGCUUUCCCUUUCAAGAUAUUAUUGGAGAUGGUGAGAACAUAUCAGAUUCCUUGGAAAAUUAUGCCUCUUAAAUUCUUUGAAUUGACUGGUUAAGUUCUUGAGGUUUUGGCUUUGCAAAUAAAGAGGUUUAACAAUUAUCACAAUGUGUCCUAGGUUAGUUAUUUCUUCUUUGAAGAACUUUGCUCUGAAUGGCACUUGCAAAAAAAUUUUCAUAAGGAAAUAAUUUAAACUUUAUUUUGAGAAAAAGUAUGAGGUGGUAAUAGUGGUAAUACACAGUGACUAGGAGCAGUGUUAAAUCUUUAAAGGAAUACUAAAACGGAUGGCCCAAACCAUGAUAACAAGUAAAAUUGCAAUGAACCAUUUCUUGAAAAGAAUCUGUGUUGGGGAUCUAUAAAUGAAAUAUUCACAAGCAAGGUACCUAGGAGGACGAUAAAAGGGUCUCAUGAAGAAGGCCUUAAGAACAACAGCAGCAAUAACAACAACUAGUUGUAAUGACAGUAGCGAUAGAAGGGUCCCAUGAAGGUCUUAAGAAUAACAGUAGCAAUAACAACUAGUUGGAAUGACCCAACUAUUUGAGAUCAGCUAUGUAGAUCUUUUAUUGUCAUUGAGCACCAUAAAUCUAGAGUGAAGGUACCUAGGAGGACGAUAAAAGGGUCUCAUGAAGAAGGCCUUAAGAACAACAGCAGCAAUAACAACAACUAGUUGUAAUGACAGUAGCGAUAGAAGGGUCCCAUGAAGGUCUUAAGAAUAACAGUAGCAAUAACAACUAGUUGGAAUGACCCAACUAUUUGAGAUCAGCUAUGUAGAUCUUUUAUUGUCAUUGAGCACCAUAAAUCUAGAGUGAUUACCUUAUGUCUGAUUAAUUGCACAUUAUCAGGCAAUACUAGAGUGAUAACUUAGUUGAUCAUGCUAAGUAUCUAUAUCAUGAAUGCGUCGUUUUAGUGCUAACAUUAACUUAUAGCAGUUCAUGCAGGACAUGGGACCAACAGGCUUUUUGGUAGACCUAUUCUUCCUAGAGGGUCCUCACGAUUGAGAUAAGACUUUUUGGUAGGACAUUCAGCUUUGGAAACUUCCAUGUUUGAUUACAAGAGGAGUAUUGGAAGGACAGUUCAGAUUCUGAUGCCUCUUUGCAGCAGAUCUCCUGAUACACGUCUCAUAUCGAUUGCAGGAAUUCUCAGUUACUCAACUCAACACUACACUCACUUCUGCAGCUUGUGCUUCCUCACAACUGCACACUGGAGCUAGUUGGUUUACUGGACAAGAUUGAAGACUUUCGACCUGGUAGAUUGGAAAAACAAUAUGGAUGCAGUUGCCUCCAAGUUAUAUCAUUUAUUAGUUCCUUUCUGGCAAUGAUACAAGAUGGGGACCAGCUUGAUUGCUUUGGAAAGUUGAACCUCCUCCAAAGUCUGCUGUGAAAAAUGUGCUUUUUCCUCAAAAAAAAAUAUAUAUAUGAUGGAUAACGGCCAAAGCCUGGAUUUCGAGCAGUUUCUUGUGAACCCUCUCUGCGUUGAGCUGUUCGGGAUCAAGUAUGUAAUAAUAUACCAAUCAAUCCGAAUUUAUCAAUCAUCCUUCAUUCAUAAGCAGUUCAGUGUCCGAUGGAUUCUUGCUUUUCUGGCUGAUACUGUAGUGGGAAUUAAAGCUUUUGUCGUAAAGCUGGACAGCAAAUGCAACUAUUUUGCUUCUUCACGCCUGAUGCAAUCGAAGUAUCCAUACAAGAACAAGUUCGGCAUGAAGACUGAGCCACACAAUUCCCUCGCUCAUAUAUGGUGCAGAUGAAGGUGAAUUGUUUUGUCCUAAAGAUUCUUUCUGGACUUCAAAUGCGGUUAUUUUGUUUUUUCA